AAGACCAGCUCCAAGAAGAAGACGCCAGCAGCUCCGAAGAUGUCCACGGUAGAGCAGGUUCCGCUGCACAGCGGCAGCGAUAUUUACAUCUCCACCAAGGACCUCAUACGGAUCUACACACCCAAGGCGGCCCUUUACACGACCCGGCUAGCCGAACUCCUGUUCGGUCGACAAACCCUCCUGAAUGCAUGCGUUGCGCGCACGAUCAACACCGGCGAUCUUGAACCACUGGACAAGAAGACGCUGCAGUCGCUCGUCGUGCACGUUGUCAACGUCUUCAAGAAGCAGAAAGUGGAGAUCUCCGAAUCGUUAGUGCUCGGGUACAUCCGAAACCGACUUUGUCAGCUACAGAGCUCCAAGUAGUACUAGAAUAAAGCGUGUUUUUUUGCUAGA